CCCACAAGAUAGUAGGACACCUAGAAAGGGUAAGAACAAAAGAGACCCUCCCAAUUCCCAUAAAGGAAAUCAUCCUAGAAACCCCUUCUUGCUUUCUUCUUUCUCAACAUUUAUCAAAACAUACCACAUUUUUUCCAACCGCCUUUACUUUCUUACCACCCCUCUUAUAUUUUCCAUUUUUUCAUUCUCUUUUUCCUUCUCAAAACCUCACAAUAAUUCAACACCAACAUCAAGAUUCAAGAAGGUACUUACUAUCAUGAGCACUAUAUUGAUUUAGCAAGAUAGAGAUUGUUUGUGGGUCACCCUUAGAAUUAUAUAUUAAACCCAAAAAAAAUCCAAAAAAGGGUAACUUUUUGAACCAAAAUUUUCAUUUUUGAAGCUACACUUCUGGAGUUUGCAUGUCGAGCUAGUUUCAUAUUCAGAUAGGAGUGAGGGGAAAAAAUGGCAAACAGAUGGUGGGCUGGUAAUGUUGCUAUGAGAGGAGUUGAACAAAUGUCUACUGAUCAUAAAAAAUCUGAGCAAUUGGAGAAUGAAAACAGUGGAAACCCAAACCCGGAUUCGGAUGAUAGUAGGGAAAAUAACCCGGAAUCGGAAGAUAAUCAGAAUUUGAGUGGUGGUGGUGGGUUUGAGAUGGUGGAGUUUGGGAGUGGUGGAAGUAGUGGUAGGAGGCCGAGGGGACGACCACCCGGGUCGAAAAACAAGCCUAAACCUCCAAUUGUGAUUACUAAAGAGAGUCCUAAUGCUUUGAGGAGUCAUGUUUUGGAGAUUAGUAAUGGGGCUGAUAUUGUUGAUAGUUUAGCUACCUUUGCUCAACGCCGACACCGAGGGGUGUCGGUGUUAAGCGGGAGCGGAAUCGUCACUAAUGUGAUCCUCCGCCAGCCUGCGGCCCCUGGUGGGGUUGUAACGCUCCAUGGUAGGUUUGAGAUUCUCUCACUCUCUGGAGCGUUUCUUCCUUCGCCUUCCCCACCCGGGGCAACAGGCUUGACCGUUUACUUGGCCGGCGGUCAAGGGCAAGUAGUUGGCGGUGGGGUUGUAGGGCCGCUUCUUGCAUCCGGUCCUGUGUUGGUUGUUGCAGCUACGUUUAGCAAUGCCACUUAUGAGCGGCUACCUAUUGACGAUCAGGAGUCGAAUGCAGGAGGAACCGAGGGAAAUGGCGGGGAUGCGAGUGGAGGUCCUACUGAAGCUGUGCAACAGGCGGGGGCUACAACCGAAUCCCACGGGACACGGAGUGGUUUAGCAGCGACAACAACUGCAGGAGCGGAUCAAAGUACGUCUUCAAUGCCAAUGCCUAUAUAUAAUUUACCUCCGAAUUUGCUUCCUAAUGGUCAAAUACCUCAUGAUAUGUUUUGGGGGGCGCCUCCUCGCCCUCCGUCUUCUUAUUGAAGGAUGAUCAAUUUUUGAAUUUCAGGUUUGGUAUUGUGUAUGUUAGCUUUGUGGGAGGUAUGAACUAACAAGUUUUGCCCCAAAAUGAAGAAAAAUGAUCAAUAGGAGCGUACUAUUAAGUAUUAUGUGGUUAAAUUAGCUCUUGUAAGAAGUUAGCUAGGAUUUAAGUGGUGAUUAGCACAUCUUUUUUCCCUUAAUUGUGGUCUUCACUAUCUUCUCAAAUGGCUAGAUAAAUUAGGUUCUUGUUAGAAGCUUAGUUUAAUGAUGUUUGUGAUAAUAAAUAUCAUAGCUUAAUACUUCUAGUUCAUUUGGGGUUCAAUAUGUUGUAAUAUUGUGUUUGUAAUUCUUUAUGAUCUAAAUAAUUAGGGCGUUAGGCUUAGUUUUUCAUCAAUUUUUGGUUAGCAUUCAUGGGCAUAUUGACAUGAUCACUAUUAGUCCGAUCAGAAUGACAUUGUCAUCAUUAUCAUCAUAUUCAGUGUAUCUCGUUCAGGUCUAAAUACACGCCCAUAAUUAGGUUGCUAAUGACAUUUUAGGCCAUUUAAUUUGUCAUCUCUUCUUUGGAUUCUUGUUAAUUACUUCCUCCGCUCCAUCAUACUUGUAAUUGAUAGUGACAUUUUUUUACAUAAUAUAUCGAUAUCAGUUGUAAGUAUUUUAGAACGGAGUUAAUAUAUAAUGAUAUGCUUGAAUCUUGAUGAUGGUUAAUGGAGUUGAAUAGAUAAAAUUUCCCAUCAAUCAUAAUCAUAUAUUCCUUCUAUAACCAAUCAUGAUCUUAAUACUCCAUUUGCUAAUCCAUGUCAAAGCAUCUUAAAAUGUUUUGAAAUUCUGAUGUCUCAUCAGUCACCAAUGGUUCUUCAACAGUUCAUCCAAUCUAUUUUUCCUAUUGGUUACAUUUAUAUUUUUAAAAUUCGAGAGAAUUUUAUAGCUAUAUUAGAUCAGAUGGGUUAGAAAAUUAAACCUAGAAUAUUGAAGUAUUAUUGAUUAAUAGAAAAUUGAAGUACUGUUAAUUACUCCUAAAUCCUGAUAAAAGGAAUUGGUAUGCAAGAGAAAUAGAGAAGGAUAAAUAAUUGUUAAUUGUUAAGGCUCGAACAUUUUUAUUAUUGUUGUUAUUAUGUUUCUAACAGUUAACGUUAAAGUAAAUCAUAGUACUAUCUCUAAUCUAAAAUAUUUGAACUUUGAAUAUUCGACACAAUUUAUUAUUCAAGUUUAAAGUAAAU